GUCAUAAAAAUGGCUGCGCUUAGAGUAUUUAGCCGUAAUUUACCGUAUUUACGACAGCAAUUUUCUGCUUUGUUAGGAAACACAUCACCAUCAGUCAAGUUUAUCUGUGUCGUAGUGGUAAUCGGUUACAUUUUAUCAUUUUCAGACGAAGUGAUUGACGUUCUUAGUGUUACUCCUGGUUAUUUGUUACCACCUUCUUUUCAAUUAUGGUCUACUUUCACGUUCUGGUUUCUCGAAAUACAUUUGUGGGAGGUGGUCAUCGACAUAAUAACAGUGGGAUUAUGCGGGAAACUAAUAGAGCCCCUAUGGGGACAAAUGGAGAUGAUGAAGUUUUUCCUGUUAACGAAUAUAGGAGUUGCAUUUCUGACGACCUUUUAUUACCUGGUGAUAUUUGCGUGCACAGGACAGGCUUCUUAUUUAUUCGAGAUUCAUGUACAUGGCCUGGCCGGUUAUUUAGCUGCAGUCUGUGUCGCAGUGAAGCAGAUAUUACCUGACCACUUAUUGAUAAAGACACCUCUAGGUAAACUUACAAACAGGUCCUUGCCUUUAUUGAUUUUGAUAGCAGCAAUAAUUCUUUGGGCAAUUGGAGCUCUAGAAGGUACUUACCCAUGUAUGUGGGGCAGUGGUACAAUCCUAUCAUGGAUAUACCUGAGAUUUUGGCAGAAACAUAGUAGUGGAACAAGAGGAGAUAUGGCUGAUAAUUUUAGUUUUGAUAAUUUUUUUCCAACGGUGUUGCAGCCAGUCGUAUGUGGCAUACUUGGCCCCCCUCACAGGUGUCUGGUAAGAUUAGGGCUGUGUUCUCCAAACCCAAGACGAGUGCACCUGGCACUAAGCCCAAGAGGUGUCACUAUAUCUAUGCCUGGUGUAGAACCCCAGGAUAUGGAGAGAAGAAGACAAAUAGCACUGAAAGCCUUGAGUGAGAGGUUAUCCAAGACGUCAGAACAGACAAGGCAAAAGAAUUUAUCAACCAAAGUUAACAUGGACACUGUCAGGAAGAUGCAGCAGUCUCAUGUCAUUCCACAGUUUCCAACGACAGAAACGGCGAGCCAGGGCCCUCCACCGGCGCCUACGGAGGCCACUCUAGUAGAUAUAGGCACAGACCCAGUACUGCCAUCAACCACUAAACAAUCAUGAUCAUCACAGGAUUAAGCAUUACUUCAAAAACAUUAACUGUUCACAGAACCAAUGCAGAACUAUACGGUAAAUACUGGCUGUGUAAAGUUUUGAAUACCUACUGUCUUUAUGUACUAUUUGUUAUUAACAAACAAUUAACGCUUUGUUAAGUUCUCAGAUAGAAAAUGCAAUUAUUUGUUUUAUAUAUCUGUCGAGAAAGAUGAUAUAAAAAAAUAUUUAUUUUAAAGAUAGGAGGCAUUAUCAAGUUUAUGUUGAGAUCGAAUCAG